CCUUCCCUCUCUCUUCGUUUCUUUCUUUUAUCCUUCUUUCUCCCUACCUCUUCACUCCGUCGCCACUCCCUCAACAGUUCUUCUUGGAGUUCCGAGAGCUCUCUUUCAUCUUUUAUAUUUCUUGUUGCUUUAAAAAAAAAAAAAAAAAAAAAAAAGGAGUGGGAGAAAGAAAUAGAGAGAGAAAAUAAAAAAUAUCUCCUCUUCUUUCUCAUAUUAUAUUCUUUGUUUUUUCGAAUUAUCUUGAUUUGUUUUCUUUUUCCAAAGAGAGGGAGGAUUUUCCCUCCUUGGAUGUAAAAGAGAUCAAUGGCAGGGCUCGAUCUUGGCACUGCGACGAGGUUCAUCCAUCACCAGCAGCAGCAGCUGCACCACCGGCCGGACUUGCACCUGCAGCAGCGACACCCCGGCGACUCCGAUGACGACGGCAGUAACCACGCGGUCAACGGCCGGCUGGGCGCUGUGGAGGAGGACGACGAGCGGAUGGCGUCCGGCGGUGGGGGAGGCGGUGGGCUAGAGCUGGUCGCCGCGUCCGGAGCCGGAGAUGUUGUCGGACGCCGGCCGCGGGGUCGGCCCCCGGGAUCUAAGAAUAAGCCCAAGCCCCCUGUGAUCAUCACCAGGGAGAGCCCCAACACCCUUCGAGCACACAUUCUUGAGGUCGCCAGCGGCAGCGACAUCUACGACUGCAUCGCCAACUACGCCCGACGCCGGCAGCGCGGCGUCUGUGUCCUUAGCGGCAGUGGCACCGUUACCAACGUCACCCUCCGACAGCCUGCCGCAGCAGGGGCUAUCGUCACCCUCCACGGCCGCUUCGAGAUCCUCUCCCUCUCCGGCUCGUUCCUGCCACCGCCUGCUCCUCCCGGCGCAACCAGCCUCACCGUUUUCCUCGCCGGCGGCCAAGGCCAAGUUGUCGGUGGCAGUGUAGUCGGUGCACUCAUCGCCGCGGGCCCCGUCAUGGUGAUAGCUUCCUCGUUCACCAACGUAGCCUACGAGCGGCUGCCACUCGAGGAAGAGGAGGAGCCGCAGGCGCAGGUCCAGGCACCGUCCUUGAGCCAGCCGCUGGGGAUGCAGGCCGCUGGUGGGCAGUUUGCCGACCCAUCCUUAGGGCUUCCCUUGUUCAAUUUGCCUCUCAACGUUGGUGGCAAUUGUCAGCUGCCGGUGGACUCACACGGCUGGGCAGCCAAUUCUGGCCGGCCGCCCUUCUAAUUAAACCGGUUGUAGUGGUAGUGGGGAAGGGAAAGGAGAAAAGGUUCCCUUCUUUUCUAUUUUUCCUCUUCUGCUACUUCUCUUUGUUGCAUGUUUUGUGUUUAUCUGUCGUUGGUGGGCUCUCGAAAUGUGGGGAAGUGAGUUCUUUCUUUAAUCUGAGUUUCAUGGACAAGGAAAAUGAAGGAAAGAAAGAAGUUGAUCAACGGGGGUUGGAAUCAGAAGAGGAGAAAGAGGGAGAGAGCGAGAAGCAGGAUCCAGUUUUCAUCAUUGAAGAAGAAACACGUCCCUGUGAACAUCAAAGGUUAGAGUGCAUAUUCAUGGAGUUUCAUCAUGUACAAUUACUCUCUAUCUCUCUUUCUCUCUCUCUCUCUCUGUCUCUCUAUCUCUCUCUCGUUGGUUUUGUAUUUUUUGUUUUUCCUUUUUCUUUUAUGUAUCAAACGUUUUUCUUUCAUAAGUAACCAGUUUGAGGCU